GUGGCGUCCAAAGUGAGCCCCGCGACGUCGGUUGCGCUUGCCAAUCAAGCCUCGCAUCCUCGUCUCCCUCUCCUCACAACUCGACUGGCUCACAAUGGUUAUGCCAUUGCUCAGGAGCAGCAGGAUGCUUCGUCAGGCUGGCACAGGUGCCGCCUGUGCGAGAUUGCUCGCUCAACGCAGCGUGGCGCCUGGCAUGGCAAGGGCCAUUGUCCCCUCGUUUCCCUCGUCCUCUAGGCUCUCUGGUCCUUCUUCCGUCUCAUCUGUCUACUUUAGGCAGUACGCAUCAGAGGCGGCUCAGGCUGCUCAAGUCCAACAAGAGCCAGACGCAGUUGUUGCAGAUGCCUCCGAGGACGAGGCUCGCCGCUUCGCCUCCCUCGAGGGUCGCCUCAACCACUACAUCGUCGAUGCCCUGACUGGCGCUCCCUUCAACUACGACAAGAUGAGCGAGGUUCAAUACCAAGUCACAAAUCACCUCGAAGAAAUUGUCGCCCCAGUUCAGGGUACCGGCCCCCUUCCCGGCUCCAAGGGAGCAAACGAUGAAGAAGCUAUUGUACAGCAAGGCCCAACGGACCUCCUCGUCAAAGCCAAGACGGGCACAGGAAAGACGCUCGCCUUCCUCAUGCCCGCCAUCGAGGCUCGUCUUCGAAAUGUUGAGGCUGUCAAGAAGGGUACGGCAAUGACACCCGCUUUCCGUCGUCUGCUCACCAAGAAUCAGCCCGACUUUGACUUCUCAGCACUCAGCCAAAGUCAACGCAAGUCCUUUGCCCACAAGACGUACACGCGCAACUCAGUCGGCGCCCUCAUCAUUAGCCCCACACGCGAGCUUGCGGUGCAGAUUUCGAAUGAAGCAAAGAAGCUGGAUCAAGAGAUGGGCAUGGACUUCAAUGUUCACACUUUGAUGGGAGGGCAGGAGAAGCGACAACAGCUCAGAGCUUGGUCUUCCCGCUCCCUCGACGUCGUCGUUGCCACCCCUGGUCGCCUCGAAGCCCUACUCCAAGAAUCUCCUACCGUUCGCAGCGCCCUGAGCGCUACCGAGACGCUGAUUUUCGACGAGGCCGACACCUUGCUCGAGAUGGGCUUCCGCGACUCGAUCAACAACAUCGUCGAGUACCUCCCGCCAAAGAAGGAGCGUCGUACCCUCCUCUUCUCUGCGACCGUUCCCGUCGAGAUCAGGCAGGUGGCGCAAGAACUGCUCAGCUCACGUAGACGGUUCAUCGACUGUGUCCCCGAGGGGGAGAGCAAUGUUCAUGCGCACAUUGGGCAGACGGCAUACAUUGUCAAGCCGGAGGAGCAGUUUACUUCGAUGAUGAGAUUGCUCGCGCAUGACCAGGUGGUACAUGGCGAAAAAUCUCGCGUCAUCGUAUUCUGCCCGACAGCAAAGAUGACCCAGCUUGCCAGCAUCUUGAUCAAGCAGCAGGACUUCCUCGCCGAGUUCCCGCUCAACGUCUUCCCGUCGGAGGAAGAUGAGAGCGCGUCCAUGAAUGGCAGGAGAGGGGACCGUGGAGACCGAGGAAGGGAUAGGUACGGUAACCGUCGACCCGUCGAUCGUCCGCGAGUGGAGAUCCAUGAGAUGCACUCUCGCCUCACCCAGCAACAACGUGACCGUGUAGCACAGCGAUUCCGCAAUUCUCGCGCGGCCUCGGUUCUCGUCACCUCUGACCUCUCAGCGCGAGGCGUAGACUACCCCGAUGUGACGCGCGUCAUCCAGGUGGACCUGCCACGCAACAAGGACCAGUACGUGCAUCGCAUUGGACGUACCGGACGAGCAGGCAAGGCCGGACGUGCGGACAUGAUCAUCUUGGAGGGAUGGCAGGACUCUUGGCCGGAGAUCGAGGGGCGCGACCUGCCGGUGAAGGCGGUCAGGAAGGGAGGGGAGGCGAUCCGUCAGGAACUGGUAGAGGCCUGGGACCAGAAGGUCGCAGAGAAGGGAUGGAAAGCCGGUGAGGCUUCUUCGCCCGCGGAGCGUGUGGGGAAGGAGAUUGCAUUGCCUGCUUCGCAGAGUCGCUUCUGCGCUUCAGCAGAGAGUGGCGAGUCGCUUGAGCAGAGCGUCCUCGCUUACAUGACCAACGAGACCAACUUCGAGCAUGUCCGCUUCGACACAAGCAAGGACGGCCAAGGGUCAGGCACGCGUGGUAACGAGACUGGGCGUGGUUCCCGCGUUGGCAAAGGCGAUGAGGAUGUCCCCUUGUUUGGCGCAGACGGCUCCUCCGGACAGAACCCUUCGGAAGGAUCUCCCCUCCGCCACGUAUGGAUGGCUAGCAUGGGCUACUGGAUCGGCCUCGUUGGGUCACUACGCAUUCAAAAGUCAGACCUGUAUCGCGGUGCGCAGGCGUGGGGCCGUGCGGCUUUGGGACUUUCGGACAGGGACUCGUCGCUCAGCAGGAGCAUGGCCAGUAAGAUGGGUAUUUCCCUUGAUCAGAUGGGUGGAGGAUGGGGCGGCAGGCGCGUAGGUGCUGGCGAUUCGAGCAGGGGAGGUCGAUCAGGGCGAGGAGAUUAUGGCGGCCGUAGCGGUGGGUACGCUGGCCGCCGUGGCUACCCAGGCGACAGACGCGAUGGGAUGUAUGGUUCGCAUACGGGGCGUGAUCGUUAUGAUGGAGGCAAGCAGCCUUGGACGGAGAGGAUGGACGGAAAGCGCUCAGCGAGGAGCAGGGGCCAGCUUGAUAAUGGCAGGUGGGCGUAAGCUGGCGCGGACGGCAUACCUGAGUCCUCUUUUCUCUCGCCCUUUACUCUUGUACAAUCUUUCUCUCCUUUCUUGUCUACUAGACGCAUCGGAAUGACUGCACCACUCUUUUCACGCGGC